AUGCGCAUUCUCACCAUCGCCUGUGUUGCCACCGCCUUUGCCGCAGCGCUUCCCGCUGACGUGCGCCCCGCCGUCCAGUUCAACGACGUAGCUCUCAUCCAACCCCUCAGCAGUGGCGGUAGUGCGCGCGGGGGCUCCGUCUCCAGCGGCUCUAAGAGCGGCUCAAGCUCCAGCUCGAAUCCUGGAUCCAAGAGCGGUUCGUCUAGCUCCAAUUCAGGCUCCAAGUCAUCCAAUUCGGGGUCGAAAGGCUCAUCUGGCUCUUCCAGUUGGCGGCCUUCCACUGGCUCCAGCGGCAACCGAGGAUACAAAAACACGGCAGCCGGCGCCGCUGGCGGUGCGGCAGCGGGUGCCGGCCUCGUCUGCGUAGCAAACAACAACAACACAAUCGAUCCCAAUGCGCUCAACAAUACGAACGGCACGUUCACGAUGAACUGCACGCAACAGCCGACGAGCAACGGCGCAGCUAUCAACACGCCCGGCAGCGCUGUCGCGUACAAUUCGGCUGCUUUGUUCGCCGCCGCCCUCCUCACCCUUCUGUAA